AUGACGAUAAAACAGCACUUUCAGAAAAGCUCUCCUAUUGCACGACGUGGAGACUCUGUACGGUCAUCCUUCACUCAGAAUGGAGAUACCGCCGAUGUCGAAGCAGAAAAAGGCCCCUUCGACGAUGAAUCCAAGGUGCCCUUUCUUACUUUGAGGACGUUUUUCAUGGCUGUCCUGGUCUCGUUUGGAGGCCUUUGCUUUGGUUAUGACACCGGUCAAAUCUCCGGUUUCCUCGAGAUGAACGACUUCCUUCGUAACUUUGCCGACCAGAGAAAUCCUCUAGGAUUCAGCAAUGUCCGCUCUGGCUUAAUCGUUGGCAUGUUGUCGAUCGGCACUCUGGUGGGAGCGUUGGUGUCCGGCCCCAUUGCCAACAUUCCGGCCAUUGGUCGCAAAUAUUCGAUUGUCUUCUGGACAAUAAUCUUCUGCAUUGGCGUUGCUGUCCAGAUUGGCUCCAGUUCAGGUCAUUGGUAUGAAGUCAUGAUUGGCCGCAUCAUCGCUGGACUGGCAAUUGGCGGUCUAUCAGUGAUGGUACCAGCAUACCAAGGAGAGAGUAGUCCUCGCCAUCACGUGCUAAAAGUUGUCGUCAAGCUUUUCAUCACCAUCGGAAUCCUCAUUGCAAAUUUGAUCAACUUUGGGACCGAAAGCAUCAACAACACAGCGUCAUGGCGAAUCCCUAUGGGUAUCGGCUUCUUGUUCGCAAUUGUCUUGGGGAUCGGCAUUUUGUUCUUCCCAGAAACUCCUCGUCACGACUAUCGCAAUGGUAGGAUUGACCCUGCCACGACCAGCAUUGCCAAGUUCCAUGGAGUGUCCGAAAGGCACCGGGUCGUCAAAGAACAAUUGGUGGAAAUGCAAGAAAAGCUGCAGAUGGAAAUUGAGGGCGGAGAGCAUCCGAUCUGGGAGAUUUUCACAGGUCCACGAAUGCUCUACCGGGUCUUCUUAGGAUGUAUCAUCCAGGCUCUGCAGCAACUUACCGGUGCCAACUACUUCUUCUAUUAUGGGACGACGGUAUUCGCGUCCGUCGGUCUUUCGAACUCUUAUGUUACUCAGAUCAUCCUUGGCGCUGUAAAUGUUGGCACGACUUUUCCCGGUCUCUACUUCGUGGAGAAAUUCGGACGUCGGAAAUGUCUCAUGAUUGGAGCAGGAUGGAUGUUUAUGUGUUUCAUGAUCUUUGCCUCACUGGGCCAAUUUGCGCUUCAGAACGACGACGGUACAAAUAACCAGACGAUCGGAUACGUGAUGAUCAUCUUCUCUUGCCUCUUUAUUGCGGCAUUUGCUUCCACGUGGGGUCCGAUGGCAUGGGCCGUGACUGCUGAAAUCUACCCGUCUCGAUAUCGCUCGCAGUGUAUUGCUCUUUGCGCCGCCAGCAACUGGCUCUUCAACUUCCUCAUUGCCUUCUUCACGCCCUUCAUCACGGGGGAUAUCGAAUACGCAUAUGGAUAUGUCUUUGCUGGCUGCAAUCUGUUUGCCGUCUUCUUCGUCUAUUUCUUCCUGCCUGAGACGUCAGGCCGCUCUUUGGAAGAGAUCGAUACCAUGUUCCUCCUCGAGGUCAAGCCCUGGAAGAGCAGCAAAUGGACUCCUCCAAAGGGCGAGGAACUCAUCACCGCCGAUAAGUUGCGCCUGAAGAGUGGUGGGAAACAUAUCACCAAGAAGGGAGAGGCUGGGACGGGCGAGGCUGAACAGAAGGAGGACUUGACACAUACCGGCAGCGAUGAUCUGCCGUACGUACCCGUUGUGUCCGGCCCCGAGCACCAGCUGGGCUCUGGUGUGCGAGGAGAUUCGUACAUAGGACAAAGGUAA